AUGGAGAAUCCAAGAAACAAUGGAGCAGUAUCACUUCCCGUUCAAUUUAUCGAGCGGCUGAUCUCACGGCUGGGCCACCGGCUUCUCACCAGUCAACGCGCACCGGACUCGGCCAGUCCCCUCGCAACUGUGCUGCCGUCCGAUGCAAAGCCACUGAUGCUAACCCUGCAUUGCCUCUUCCCCAACGAGCUGCUCCUAGCUCUGGAUAUACUGGACCGGGGCCUGGUGAGACGGCUUGCACGACGGGAUGCGGACGAGGGGGAGUCAAGUUCGACGGCAGUUUUUUUCGUCAUCUCCGCCGCCGCGGCGCCCAAGACCCCGGCCAAAAAGCCGGCACCCACACGCGCAGGGCAGAUGGGCUACGAGGUUCGGCUGCAGGCCUGGAACUGCACCUGUCCGGCAUUCACGCUGGCCGCAUUUCGCGACCUCGGUCCCCGGGACGAUGACGAGGGGCCUGCAGCUGAAGGCCGGACCCGUUACGCCUAUGGCGGGUGUUUACCUGGCGCGCCGACCCGGACGUCGCCGCCCGUCUGCAAACAUCUCCUCGCCUGUCUGUUGAUGGCGCGGUGCCCCGGAGCUUUUGAAAGCACGGCAGGAGAAGCCAAUCCAAUCCCCGUAGCUGCAGAGGAGUUGGCGGGCUGGUGCGCUGGCUGGAGUGGAUGA